AUGUCCCCAAGUUGCGCUUCAAGCUACAAUUCUACGGAAGAGGAUACUGGUCAUAAGUUCGAAGCACUAAAGCGUGCUGCAUUGCUUGCAGAUUUAAUCAAGUGGUGGGACAAUCGUGACGUCGCUUACGAAGAAGAGAAACUGCCCUUAAUUCCAGAGACUCGGGAUGGUGGUCAAGUACACGACCAGUUAAAGCGUCAAGAUGUUGAUGACAUUGCACCGAUGGGUACUUGCUUGCUGUGCCGUAAAUUUUUGCUUCGGAUCCUGGAAAUUUUGGUGGUAAUAAUCCUUGUUACUAUGGGCUUAAAGGUGCUUUCGAUCAGAUCAAUUGGCCAUGGCCAGCACAAAGCGCCGACGUUUUCACUGCACCGUUCAGGCGGCAAGCUGAUGACCGGCGGAAAUCGUCUACGCUCUUUUCUUCGUCACAUGAAAAGUCAACCACUUGAGCUGAGAAAAAUCUCGACUGACAAUGAAGUUUCAGUAGGAGUUGAUGUUGAGUUAGAGCGAGCCAUGGAUAUCUACUGUCGUGGACCUUUGUUGCAUGCUGUUCAAAUGGCCAACGUUUACUCGGACAGCAAGUACUUUGUCGACAUGCCGAUCAAAAAAAACAGCAGUGCGUUUAAUAUAUUAAUAGAUUUCCAGCGUCGUGAGCUGGCAAUGACCGAGUACCGACCCAAUGUCCAUCAUACGCACGAGGAAAAAUUGCGGCAGUUUAUUGACGACCACUUUGACUUACCAGGGACGGAUCUGCUGCCGAUCACGCCUUUUGACUACCAGGGACAGUCUUACCCGCCCAUGAUAGCUGACAUACAAGAUGAAGAACUUCGAGACUGGGCGUUUGGUUUGCACCAGAUAUGGCAAAGUCUUGGGCGAAUUCGCAACCCGCAUGUGAAAGGCUCACUUCUUCGUUCUCGGAAGUUAGAUGAACCAACUUUAAAUCAGCCUGCUCACGUGCUGAUUGUGCCCGGCGGACGCUUCCGCGAAAGUUACUAUUGGGAUUCGUACUGGAUCGUACAAGGACUGUUGGUGAGUGAUAUGUCCGUCACGGCACGGGGCGUCGUGAAUCACCUUUUGGAGUACGUGUCCGAAUUUGGGUUUGUGCCAAACGGAGGGAGAAUAUACUAUUUAACGCGGUCCCAACCGCCCAUGCUUUCGGAUAUGGUAAAAUUAGUUGCUAGUCUUCCAGUCAACGGAACCGAUACUGAGUACGAUGAUGAGUAUCUGCGUGCUGCAUUGCCUAUCCUGGAGCGCGAAUAUGGCUUCUGGAUGCAGCAUGGACCUUGCGGGCAUGCAGUCGAGUUAACAAGACGGGAACCGAGGGCCGGGACAAUGAAUGAAACCACGUAUGUUUUGAAUCGCUACACGUCUAAUGCCAAUCAUCCACGGCCAGAAUCGUAUCGGGAGGAUGUUUUAGUUGCUUCCGAGAUUUUUGACCGCACCGUCCAUAUGGACGAUGGGAAUGCUGCGGCCACAGAGCGAUACAAAGACAAGUACUAUAAUAAUGUGAUUGCUGCUGCUGAGAGCGGGUGGGACUUCAGUAGCCGCUGGCUACGAGAUCCAUUGGACAUGAAAUCGAUGUCGACUUCUUCCGUCGUUCCUGUCGAUCUGAAUUCGAUCAUGUAUCGCGUAGAACGUAACUUGAUGGAGUUUAAUGAACGCCUUGGCAAUAACGAGCAGGCACAGUUUUAUGAACGUGCUGCUGCUCGACGACUGGAAGCCAUCAAUGUUAUUCUGUGGAGCGAUAAGCAUCAGAGCUGGAAGGAUUACGAUCUGGAGACGGACGCUCAUUCAACCAUUGUUUCCGUAUCCGACUACACACCGCUGUGGGCGAGGGCAUUUAAUGCUACCGACAUUGACCGAUUGAAAACCGUCGUGACUUCACUCAAGAAUUCGGGACUGCUUCAGGUCGGUGGUGUGCAAACGACCACCACUUUUUCAGGUCAACAAUGGGACUCGCCUAAUGCAUGGCCGCCGGAACAGGAUAUUGUCGUAGAAGGCUUGCUAACCGUCAACACUACGGAAUCGCACAAUUUGGCUUGCGAGUUGUCACAAACAUGGAUACGGGCUAGUCUCACGGCUUGGAAACAGUCAGGCUUGAUGUUUGAAAAGUACAACGCGUUCGAAGUUGGCGGGUUGGGUGCUGGCGGCGAGUACUUCCCUCAGUUUGGUUUCGGUUGGACGAACGGCGUGAUUUUGAAAUUCCUCACGAUUCAUCAGAAUCUUCUGCUCACAAAUCAAUAG